CUGUCACACACACCUCUCUAUCUUCUUCCUUCUGUGCGUUUUGUUACAUAAGAAAGAAUUGGUUGGAGUCUAUGAUUAUUUUCUCUCUCUUUGUUUAUCAAUGAAGAAAACACAUACAUGUAUUAAAUACCAAUACCAAGAAGAAGCAACAGAUGGAUUAUUUGAUGUUGAUACCGAUGCCUGUGAUCAUCAACGACAACGUGGAACAAUGAUUCCACACGCCUUGCACAGUGUUGCCACCGCUCAUUUUCACUUCUUAGCUCUCCUUCCAACCUAUCUUCUUCUGCAUUGAAUUCCUCGCCCAAUCAAUCACCUUUCUAUAUUCCUCGGGAUCUCCGAAGCCUGUUCCUCUCCCAUUUUGCCGCCAUAACAUACCCACGUGGAGGAUUUCCCUCUCCCCUUUGCCAAGAUUUCUUAUUUUUCACUCUUGGUUCUCUGGGUUGAUCAAGUGGAGUAACUCCUCUGCAGCAUGAGUAUACGGGAGCAACUUCAGAGUGAAAUCUUAGCGUAUAUUAAAUCAUAUCAUUGAUCAUCCUUCAGUAUAAUGAGUUGUUGAAUCCCUCUGAAGAGAUGGGGUUUGGUUUAACCCUUGGAAAGAAAAGCUCAAAACAGCAAAGCAGGUCAAAGUCAUCAAAGGAUGGUUCUAGUUUGCUCCAACCCAAUACACCUCCAAGUGACUCACUUAAGUUAAAAUCAAAGUCUAUUGUUGGUCAAGCAAGCAUUGAUUCUGGUUAUAAAGCAAAGCAUGACAUAGUAAGAAAGGUUCAGCACUUGGAUAAUGCAAAAGGAAGUUCAACUCCACCUGAUGAACUUGUCAAGUACAUGUCUAGUUUGCCUGGAUUUCUCAAGCGUUCUGAUGGAGGAGAAAGCAUUCAAGGGAAGGCUUUAAAUGUUGGGGUUCUUGAUUGGUCUAAACUUGAAAAAUGGAAGAGCAAGCAAACGCAUACGAAGGCAGAAGCUAGCAAUUUCACAUCAUUCAAUAGCAGUGAAGAAGGAUUACCAACGGCAGCCACCACAUCAUCUACCAUUUCUGUUUGCCAUAAUAGAAAGCUUGAUGGUAAAAAAGGUUUGGAUUCUUCAAGAAACAAGGUAUCUUAUAAAGAAGACUUUGCUAUAAACUCUAAAAUGUCUGCUCAGAAUGUCAAACAGUAUCUACAUUCUGAAAUUAAAACAAAGACUAUUGGAGAAGAGCUCGGAAUGUCAAUUACAUCACUUCAAAGGGUGAAAGUUAAUGGCUGUGAUGAAAUAACUUCAGCAGUUGGAAGCUCUGCAUCUAAAUCCAGGCAUCAUGGGAUCCCAGUAGUUUCUAAUGAAAAUUCUAGUGGUAGGAAUAUUGAAGAUGAGAUGAGAAUGCAGGGUUUGCAUCCGCAUAGCCUCAAGAAAAAGGAGAGAAAUCUGAAGCCUAGUUCUGAUAAGGGAUUUUCAUCAUUAGAAUCAAAAAAUAAAGGUGUGUUAUUUCGUUCUCAGAAGCAAACGAGUUCUAGCAGCAGUGAACUCAAGAACAAGAUGAAUCAGUGGCACGAAUCAGAUAUUGAUGCUGAUCAUAAACAAAGUCAUAGGAUGUCUGGUAAUAUUGUGUUGCUUCGUCCCAGAAAAAUUCUGCAAUUGAAGUCUGAAGACUGUUUUCAGAAUUCUCAAUCAAGAACCUCAUCCGAUGAAGACAUUGCGGAAUCAAGCCGGAGUAGUUUGUCAUAUAUGUCAAUUCAGGAUGUUUACACUGAAGAUUUACAUUCUGAAAUUCCACAUUCUGUGGCCGAGCUUGUUUCCUCAGAAACACUGCAACAGAGUAAUACUGAUCUAGAUAUUGGUCGGUCUUCUGGUGUAUAUAAGAAAGCAUCUUGCUCAAAUAACACAUUGAGUUUCCAAUCUCAAGAUACAUGCAUUGAAAAGGACGUGUUAGAUAACAAGCUAAAAAAUCAGUGUGCUUUCAGUAAUGUGCUGGAAUCACGGGACCAUGAAAUUCCUCAGCCGACACCUAUGAAUUCCUCAUCUAGUCGUCGACUUAGCUUAAGCUUAAGUCGGAUUGGGAGAAGUUUCAGUUUCAAGGAAGGUUCUAUUCCAAAAGUUAGCUCCAUGCAUGUGAGUUCAAAGUCUGGUUCAGUGACACCAGAAUCUUCUGUUUGUUUGGAAAACCAUACCAAAUAUAAAGUAAAAGGCCAUAACAGAACCAGGUCGAGCCCCUUGUUAAGGUUAUUAGACCCCAUAUUAAAGCAUAAGACAUCAAGCAUACACUAUUCAGAUGAACAGAGUGUGACAUCAAAAGGAAACAUAGAUUCGAUCAGCUUGAGGACAAUUAAUCUGCCUGAUGAAAAGAGUAAGGAAUCAUCGUUCCAAGCUCUUUUGCAGUUAACUAUAAGAAAUGGAGUACCUCUGUUUAAAUUUGUGAUCAACAGUGAAAGAAAGGUUCUUGCCGCUACCACGAAGAGUUUAGCAUUGCAGGAGAAGGAUGAUUUAGACUGCUAUUUUACAUUCUACGUUGUUAAUGAAAUGAAGAAAAAGAGUGGCAAAUGGAUGAGUCAUUGGAGUAAAGAAAAAAACUGUGGAUAUGCCUACAAUAUGGUUGGUAAGAUGAGGGUUUCUAGCUCUAAAAUCGCUGAAUCAAACAAUGAGAAGUCCAAGAGAGAGGGAGUGGUGAAAGAAUAUGUCCUAAUGGGAGUUGAAGUUGAGCAGCUAGAUCGAGAAACACCACAGUUCUUCAUGAGCAAGGAGCUUGCAGCUGUUGUUACCGAGACUCCUUGUGAAAAAAUAAACCAUGAAGGAUGCCUAAAGUGCUUGGCAGAUGAAAAAUGUUUUUGCAGAGCACAAGAAAAUGAUAUCUAUGGCAGCAUUAAAGUUAUACUUCCUGGUGGAGUACAUAGUUCACCAAACACUGGAAAACCUUCACCAUUGAUCCAAAGAUGGAAGUUGGGGGGAUCAUGUGAUUGUGGAGGUUGGGAUGUUGGUUGCAAAUUGCUUGUUCUCUCUAACCAAAACAUGAGUUCAAAUAUUCCAAGGAGUUCAAAAUCUUACCCAGAGAGAUUUCAUCUUUUUGUUCAGGAAGGAGCUGAGGAAAACACUCCCAUAUUCACUUUGCUGCCAUUGAAGGAUGGAUUGUAUUCGGUGGAAUACAGUUCAACUAUCAAUCAUUUACAAGCAUUCUUCGUUUCUGUGAUAGUUUUAGGCAAUCAGAAAUUACAGAGUUCCUUGGAAAUGAAUAACAUACAAGAAGCAAUCGAUAAGGGAUUCAGUUCCAAGAACAACCAUGAAGUUCAGGGUAAAGCAGCUUUAUAUUAUAAUCCAAUUCCUCCAUACUCCCCUGCUGACAGAGUUUAAUUUCAUAAAGUGAAGGCUUUUCCACCAUCGUAGAUAGCUGUUGUAUAUUAUUAUUACCACGAAGCUAUAUAUCUCUCCAUAAAUACCUGUUGUGGCAGAAAAUGUCAUUCUCAUUGUAUUCUUGUGUUCACUGUACAACAUCUUACAAAAUACAACAUGAAUGAAUAAGAAUAGUAUAGUAUUCACUGUACAUCUUCAAGAGCACUUCUAUAAGAGGAUCAUAUACUCAUCAAAGUUGAGUUUCACAAUCU